UUGGGCGACCAACACUCUCAUUCUCAAAAGGAAGUGUGGACAGACGUAUCGCGCACCUUUCAUAGGUACCAUGCGACACCACGCCCCGAUCCUCCUCCCCCGGAGCCUUCCGUGCCCACACCAUCUCCUUCUAUCACUGUCACCUCACCUCGGCAGUUCGCCCACUUCAUCCGACAGGACGACGUCACCUUCUUUAUGGUGAACGUGACGGAUCUCUUACACUAUGAUCCACCCUGUCCCGACGCCGAGCUCAUCCCUCUGGAGCCAGAUCCUCCUUCUAUCUCCAUGGUUCCCAUCUCUACUUCCCACUCUCCGCCGUCCGUCGAGUCCACCCCGCCGUCGCGCGCUGAUGCUGACGCUGAGGAACUCGCACGAUAUACGGUCGACCUGGAGCCCGCAGUUUGUGACCUCAUUCGAGAGUACCACGACGUUUUCCCAUCGUCGUUCUCAUACACCGGCAUCCCACCGAUGCGCGACGUCGAGCACUCCAUCCAGCUUGUGCCUGUUUAUCGUGUUCACCACCACGCAACCUACAGACUCUCGAUCCCUGAGGCCACUGAACUCAAGCGUCAGCUUGAGGAGCUCCUGAGACUGGGUUUCAUUAAACCCAGCAACUCCCCGUUGGGUGCACCCGUCCUCUUUCCUCGCAAAGCGGAUGGAACUCUCCAUCUCUGCAUCGACUAUCGCGGACUCAACCGCUACACGGUUAAGAACAACUACCCUAUGCCUCGUUCCAAUGAGUUGUUCGACCGUCUAGCAAGCAACCGCUUCUUUACGAAGAUUGCUCUUCGUAGCGGUUACCAUCAGAUCCACGUCGCUGCAGCGGACCAACCGAAGACGGCGUUCCGAUCGCGCUUCGGCCACUACGAGUUUACGGUGAUGCCAUUUGGCCUUACCAACGCACCCGCUACCUUCCAGAGGGCGAUGAACGACAUUUUCAGGGACAUCUUGGAGCAGUACGUUCUCGUCUACCUCAACGAUAUCUUGGUCUACAGCCGUACCCUUGAGGAGCAUCUCAGACACCUUUGCGACGUUCUUAACCGCUUGCGCAGACAUGGCUUUUACGCCAAGCUGAGCAAGUGCCGCUUUGCACAGCACAAAGUGGAUUUCUUAGGACACUACGUGUCUGACCAAGGUCUCCACAUGGACGACGCGAAGAUCACUGCUAUCGUGGAGUGGCCCGUCACCACAUCCGCUAAGCAGCUUCGCAGCUUCCUAUGCCUUACCAACUACUACAGUAAUUUCACCCAGGGAUACGGUAGGUAUUCCUACGUCCUUACCUCCACCCUCCUCCGGAAGAACCCACCCUGGGCUUGGACUCCCCUCCACGAGGACGCCUUCCGCGCCCUCAAAAAGGCAGUGACAUGCGCACCGGUUCUUCAACUACCCAAUUUUGAUCGCCCUUUUAUCCUUACCACCGAUGCGUCAGACUUUGCUGUAGGAGCAGUGCUUUCUCAGAUCUUCCCCUCCUCUCCUGAUUCCUCUCAUCCUCGUAUCCCUCGCUUCCCACCACCUACCCCUACUACUGCUUCCCGACGGACGCCUACUCGUCCAGCUACUGACGAACCUUCUAUUGAUUAUUCUCCUACCAUCGUCGAGGACGGCACUGUCCAGUCUCGCUCAGGUGAUUGUCCGAUAGCCUUCUACUCCCGUCAGCUUCUGCCCGCCGAGAUAAACUACACCGCUGAUGAACGUGAGGUUCUCGCAGUAGUUUAUGUCGCUCGACACUGACGUCACUACCUGCACGGGGCACCGUUGACGGUGCGUACGGACAACUCUGUUGUCUAGGCUUUUCUAACAAAACCGAAGCUCACUC